AUGGCGUCCACAGAACAGCAGUUUCUCGCCCUCUUGAGAAGCGACCACAUCAAAGACCACCUCCUCCCGCACCUUUCCACGACUGACCUCUGCGCCGUCCGGCAGUCCUCCUCGGCCUGCUGCAACCUGCUCACCAAGCGCCUCUUUACCCGCAUCCAUGUUACCUUUUCCGCCGCCACCUUUACCAAACCCUGCCGCGUGGCCGCCCUGGGGCGCAUCGGGCACCACGUCGAGCACCUGACGUUUUACCUGCCGCACUCGGACACGACCUUUCUCCCGCCGCUCGUGCACCCGCAGACGGGCCAGGAGAUAUCCUUCCUCUACACGCCGCACACGAGCAUGGGCUCGGCGCUGACAAGGCCAAAGUACGCCAACAGCGAGCUCGGCGACAUCCUCACCCAGCAGUACCCGCCGCUGUUCCACGCGGCGACCAACGUGCCCAGCUUCAUCCACGCCUUUGCGCACCUCGCGCGCAUCCGCCACCUGACGGUGCGCUGCCCGGGCCAGAACCCGGCGGAGCGCUACCGCCGGGACAUUGUCGACUACGCGCUCAUCAGCCUGCGCAUCGCCGUCGAGCGCGCGCCGCUGACGACGCUGCACAAGCUGUCGCUGUCGAGCCUGCACCCCUCGGCGCUCGGCUACCUGCGGCACGUCAACGGCAUCGGCAGCGUGCCGUCGGCCGGCCGCCGCUGGCAGCAGAUCCGCAAACUGCACAUGUCGAUUGAGUCGUGGGACUUUGGCAGCGCGGCGGCGCCCGGCCGCGACCACCUCAAGAUCAUGGACGACUACAUCCGCGCGCUGGCGCCGCGCCUCGAAAAGUUUUCCUUUUCUUGGAUCGGCGCCAAGGGGCCCUGCCCGAUCGCGCUGGCCGCCGAUCCGCUGUUUGCGCCGCCGCGCGCCUCGCAGAAGCUCUUCCACGAGGUCACGUCGCCCAUGUCGCCGCUGCCCGUGCGCCCGCAGCUGCGCGCGCCUAUCCACAUGCCGGCGCUGCGGUAUCUGCAGAUCCGCAACACGGCCAUGAACGCGCCGCAGCUGCGCCACCUCAUCAGCGCGCACCAGGCGACGGUCAAGGAGUACGACCUGGACAACGUCUCGCUCACGGACAAUGGCCGCUGGGAGGAGGCGCUGGCGCCCGUCCGCGAGGAGCGCGCGUGGUCGCUGCACAACAGCAGCAGCAGCAGCCCGUCGCUGGCCACCAAGGCGUCGCAGUACAGUCUCGUGACGAGCGAGAGCUCCGACGACCUGCCCGCCAGCCCCAGCGCCGCGGUCGAGGCCGUCGGCAGGGAACUGCUGGAGCUUGACGUCGGCGCGUACGGGUUCGAUGACGAUGAAAAGACGGUCAUUGAGGAGCUGACGGCCGAGGACAUGGCCGCGCCGAGCGAGGCCGGCAGCACGGGCUUCACCACCAGGAUCAGGAAGAAGAAGCGCUCCAAGCACCGCCAUGGCCAUGAGCAUGAGCACCACCGCAACAAGCGCAAGCACAGCCGAAGCGCCAGCGAGCCAGACCACAAGUCGACGCCGCCGCCACCCCCCCCUCUGCCCCGUUCAUACUCUUCCUCUUCACAACUCUCCUCCUCAUCCGCCUCCCCUCUGCGCCGCCACCGUCGCCCAUCUCACUCCUCCUCAUCCGCUUCGCAGCGCAAGGCAUCCCUCGAGACGAUCCGUGCGCCCAUCACCAUCCCCGACCCCUUCAUCUCGGCGCCCAUCCUCUCCUCGGAGCCGCGGCCGGUGCUGCUCCUGCAGCCGACCGUGUACGACCCCAGCGCGCCGAGGCAGCCAUCGCCGCCGUGCGCAAACGGGGACGACGGCAUCACCGCCGUGCAGCGCAACCUGGAGCAGGAGGAGGCGCACCGGCUGCUGGCCGAGGACGCGUCCGCGCGCGUCAGCGCCCUGCAGCGCGCCAAGGAGGCCGUCAUGACGAAGCUGACGCGCGAGUUCUCCAGAAAGCUCGGUCACAAGUCGAACAGCAGUGGCGGCGGUCACUACGCGCAAAGCCAGCAGCACCGCGGCUAUGGCGGCGGCGGUGGGAACAACAGCAGCGCCGUCGCGGCGUGUCGCUUGAUGGCGGGCAGGGACCUCCUCAGCGGCAGCGGCAGCUAUUACACGGGCAACAGCAGCUUCGUGCUCGAGGACAGGCGCACCAUGGAUAGCCAGACGGCCAUGGUGCCGCUCAUGUUUAGCCGCGCCUGA